AUUAAGACUCUUGGUAAAACUACAUUCGAGCUCUGACUGAUUAUUUGCUUUUUGUUUCAACUGUUGAUAGAAGAAUAUCAGUUAAUUAUUCAAGUUGAUUAAACGACAGCUACUUAAUAAAUUGUAUGGCAUAAUUAAAUUUUAUAACGUACCAACGUAAACGUUAGUUAAACGUGCAGAAAAUUACAAGUGCAGUAUGUUACACAGCAUAGGGGAUUUAAUACAAGUAAAAUUAUGAGAGUGCCUCGCGUUACCAUAUAAUGUAAUUAUUAGAUGUUAUCACGAUGUCUGCGUUGAAAAGUCAAUGUGCUUAAAACCUGGUUAAUUUUAGAUAUUAAGUCAGUAUCGCGCGAGGAAACUAGCGGUAAGGAAGAGCGAGCGUGCAGGAAAUGCGGUGCGGUAAACAAAUGUCGCGCAUACGCGUUAAUACAUCUAAACGUCGUUAUCAUUAUUUGUAUUUUUAGCGAAUCGUAGCGGCAGUUUCGCUGUGUGUCUCGCGGCGUCAACACGCGCGAUUUUAGCGCAAGUCGAUAGAACACGUUACGAAAAUCUCUGCUGGACGUUUGGGAUUAAGCGUUUGGAGCUUAACAUUAAUUUGCGAUUCGCGUUGUUGAUAAAUUACUGAUUAAUUAGUUUGAAAUGAAGGGGAUCAGCGCGAUUAGUCUAAUUAUAUUUUGCACGCUCGUGCUGAUUGUUAAUAACAACGGUGUAACGGAAGGUCACUCCGUGAAAGAUUUUUUACGAGGUUUCGUCGCGCUAAAACAAGUUCCGAAUCUGCGACAUGGAAUCCUUCCAGGCACUCUUUGGUGCGGCACGGGAAAUAUUGCCCGUGAGCACUCCGAACUAGGUAUGUACACAGAGAUGGACAAGUGUUGCAGAAGUCACGAUCACUGCGAAGACUACAUAAGGCCAAAAACUACAAGAUACGGGCUAUAUAACAAAUACAUUUGUAGAAGUUCGUUGUGCGAGUGCGAGUUGCAGUUUCACGACUGUUUGAAGCAAAUACGCGGCUUCUACACGUACGCCGUGAGAAGAAUAUAUUUUGGGAAAUGCAAGCAGUGCUUUCGUACCUUCUACGAUCCUCAGGAGUGCGCAAACGAGGGUCUUGAUAUAAUCGAAGAGAUGGACCGUAAAGGUCGCCGUGUUUUCUGUGCGAAGUUUGAGCGAACUGUAAAGUGGAACCACCGACAUAACACCACCACGCCAGAAUCGAUCUCCACCCCCGAAGUUUCAACCUGGAAUGAUGAUGAAUCCGUACGACUCGUUUCGCGCUUCGGUUCUACAGACGGCAGAAAAUAUUUUAACGACGACAACGACGACAACGACGACGACGCUACCUAUGAAAGUUAUAUGUCGAGCGAAUAUAAUGAUUUAUUUUAAUGCUGCAAUUCAGGCUUGCGUUUCUGCCAAAAUGGUUGAAAACAGAUAAUAAUUUGCUAUUUCUUGUCUAAUCUCCUGUAUUGUCCUUCUCCAAGUUCUAGUUUAGGACUUGAAAAUUAAUAGGACCUUGAAAUAUGAAAAUAUUCGCCAGAGAAAGUAUGUAUAGUAUUAAGAUCAAUUAUAUUAAUAUAAAAGUCAAUGUUUAAUUUUAUACCCAUGAAACAUCGGCUUUUCAUAUUUUUCAUUUUACAAGAGCACAUCCGUAAAAACGGUUAAUUAAAUAGUUUCUGUGUAACAUACUAGGCGCUGGUUUUAAUUGUGCCAGUUAAAAGCAUUUCGAAUUUUCCAUGUUCUAAGGAUAUAAAAUAGCAUAUUAAAAUAA